AUCCACACACGCUCUGCCUUGAUCACACACCGAGCCACUCGAACAUGCGAGCACAUUCCUUCCUCCCUUCUUACCGUCUCGGCCCUUGACUUCUACAAGCUCAUGGAACAUUUCUGGAAAGACACUCUUGAUCCAGCAGGGUGGCCCACCGGCUGCUAAGCCCUCUGUCGCCCAGGGAGACAGUCUGCGCCUUGCCCCGCGGUCACCGACCAUGACCAUGACUCUCCACACCAAAGCAUCAGGAAUGGCCUUGCUGCACCAGAUCCAAGGGAGCGAGCUGGAGCCCCUAAACCGCCCGCAGCUCAAGAUACCCUUGGAGCGGCCCCUGGGUGAGGUGUACGUGGACAGCAGCAAGCCCGCGGUGUUCAACUACCCCGAGGGCGCCGCGUACGAGUUCAACGCCUCCGCCGCCUCCGCGCCGGUCUACGGCCAGUCGGGUAUCGCCUACGGCCCCGGGUCGGAGGCGACGUUCGGCGCCAACAACCUCGGGGGCUUCCCCCAGCUCAACAGCGUGUCUCCGAGCCCGCUGAUGCUGCUGCACCCGCCGCCGCAGCUAUCGCCCUUCCUGCACCCCCACGGCCAACAGGUGCCCUAUUACCUGGAGAACGAGCCCAGCACCUACGCGGUGCGCGAGGCCGGCCCGCCCGCGUUCUACAGGCCAAAUUCAGAUAAUCGUCGCCAGAGUGGCAGAGAGAGAUUGACCAGUAACAGUGACAAGGGAAGCCUGGCCUUGGAAUCUGCCAAGGAGACUCGCUACUGUGCAGUAUGCAAUGACUAUGCCUCUGGCUACCACUAUGGAGUCUGGUCCUGUGAGGGUUGUAAGGCUUUCUUCAAGAGGAGUAUUCAAGGGCAUAAUGACUACAUGUGUCCAGCUACCAACCAGUGCACGAUUGAUAAAAACAGGAGGAAGAGCUGCCAGGCCUGCCGGCUCCGCAAAUGCUAUGAAGUGGGGAUGAUGAAAGGUGGGAUACGGAAAGACCGAAGAGGAGGAAGAAUGUUGAAACACAAGCGUCAGAGAGAUGAUGGGGAAGGCAGGAAUGAAAUAGGACCCUCUGGAGAAAUGAGAGCUGCCAACCUUUGGCCAAGCCCCCUCAUUAUUAAACACACUAAGAAGAACAGCCCUGCCUUGUCCUUGACAGCUGAUCAGAUGGUCAGUGCCUUGCUGGACGCUGAGCCCCCCAUAAUCUACUCUGAGUAUGAUCCUACCAGACCCUUCAGCGAGGCCUCCAUGAUGGGCUUGCUGACCAACCUGGCAGACAGGGAGCUGGUUCACAUGAUCAACUGGGCCAAAAGGGUGCCAGGCUUUGGGGAUUUGAACCUCCACGAUCAGGUCCAUCUUCUGGAAUGUGCCUGGCUAGAGAUCCUAAUGAUUGGUCUUGUCUGGCGCUCCAUGGAGCACCCAGGGAAGCUACUCUUUGCUCCCAACUUGCUCCUGGACAGGAAUCAGGGUAAAUGUGUAGAGGGCAUGGUGGAGAUCUUUGACAUGUUGCUGGCUACGUCGACCCGGUUCCGUAUGAUGAAUCUGCAGGGAGAGGAAUUUGUGUGCCUCAAAUCUAUCAUUUUGCUUAAUUCUGGAGUAUACACAUUUCUGUCCAGCACCCUGAAGUCUCUGGAAGAAAAGGACCAUAUCCACCGGGUCCUUGACAAGAUCACAGACACCUUGAUCCACCUGAUGGCCAAGGCAGGCCUGACCCUGCAGCAGCAGCACCGGCGCCUGGCCCAGCUCCUGCUCAUCCUCUCCCACAUCCGGCACAUGAGCAACAAGGGCAUGGAGCAUCUGUACAGCAUGAAGUGCAAGAACGUGGUGCCCCUGUACGACCUGCUGCUGGAGAUGCUGGAUGCCCACCGCCUGCACGCCCCAGCCACCCGUGGAGGAGGGUCCCCAGAGGAGUCUAGCCAGAGCCUGCUGGCCACCACGGGCUCCACUUCAGCACAUUCCUUGCAGACAUACUACAUCCCCCAGGAAGCAGAGGGUUUCCCCAACACAAUGUGAGAGCUCUCGGCCUCUCCCAAAGCUCUGAGAAUCCCUGCAGCUUUUUACCCAAGCCAAGCGUCACUUUAGCGGAAUUCUGUCUCCUGCACACACCAGGCAUGCAUCCACCACCAGUGGCUUUCUAGUAUGAGUGGCCGUUCAUUUGCUUGCUCAGUUCUUAGUGAUACAUCUUCUGUUAGGAACAGCCAAAGGGAGUCCAAGGCCAAUUCUUGGUAACAGCUCUCUUCCCCC